AACGUUAACUUGUACCGUCACUUCAGUACUUGACACGAACAUGUUGCGAAUUCCUCUGGAGCUCAUCUACCUGACUAUUGACCAUCUCCAUCAGGAUAUCUCUACACUCAAGUCAUUUGCAUUAGCUUCCCGAAGUUGCCUGCAUGGCUGUCGCCCUCAUCUUUUCCGAUCAGUCCAGAUUGAUCUAGGGAACCAGACACAACUGGGUUUUGCUGCUUUCCUCGCCAUGAUCCCUGUAGUCGCUAAAUAUGUACGAUAUUUGGCCAUACUGCAGGGGUAUCAGAAGGCGGGAUGAUGACCGUUCGAUGAAGUGGACUCAGCUCGAUGUAGGCACUCUCCGUCACCUAAUGACUUCUCUCCCCCACCUUUCUUCGCUGCAUCUAUUUAAACUCAGCGUUGGUCUUACGGUUGAUCCAAAUUUUGGCACAUUGCCCAGUGCGCCGCCUGCGGCCCUGAUGACGCUUCCAAAGCAUUUGGAUUGCCUUGAGCUGGACACCAUACUUUUCGACAGAAUCGAGCAGCGUUUUCCGGAGAUCUUGCAGUUACUUGAUAUCCGUGAGCUAAGACUCAAGUAUAUCAAGACAUCGUUUAACUUGCAAACUCCUACGCCUCUAUCCAAUCUACAGAGUCCAGAUACGCUCUCUCUGGACUUCACGAUGAUACAUGUGUCAUGUGUCCGCUUUCUAUUGAGUUGUCUAUCCUUCGAUAAAGUCCUCACCUUUCGCCUCGAAUGGUCCGCUACAGACGCUGAUUGGACCCCAGAUCUGGGUCCCAUCGUACAAAAGAUGUCGCGGUCAUUGAAGCAUUUCUCACUCUACGUGCCUUGCAACAAGACUGGAGUCUAUGACAUGAACUAUGACUGGGAGACAAUAAAUGACCUUGCUUCAUGCGUCCAUCUAGAAUCCGUCACCGUCACCAUUCCAAUCUCCACGCCGGCCGGGUUUGAAAGCGAGUGGACCUGGUCAUCAGUUUCGGUUUUGUUCAAUAAUGUCCCGCCUACAGUUGCCCGAAUCCAAAUCAUCGCGGAGACACGCGAGAGUGCAGGCAUCUCAAUGAUUGAGCUUCGUGGAAUAGGGCUUCCACGAAAGCCUGACGACUUCAGACAUGAUUCAUUAUAUUUGCUGCCUAUGGAUUUGACUUUUCGCCGUUUUCUUCCAUCCGUGUCAAAGGUUGUCAUCGUUUGGAUUGUUGCAGAACGCCUUUCAAUGAGAGAGUGGCAGUUGGUGGUUAGGGAUCUAGAAUUCAACUUUAAUUCAUUGGUACGGGCCGGUGUUCUGAGAAUCAUAUAUCAGGAAACCUCUAAUUGCAACUCUCGAGAUUACCAGUACCCUCCUGUUAGCGCUAUGUAGUAUUAGUACCGUACAAUGAUUAUGCAUCGGUCUUGGAUCGUCUGUCAUCC